UUACUUAAUUCAGUGUCGCUUGUGAAAUUACCUCAGUCGAAUUCAAUUUUAAUUUUUUCGUGUUUUACGUGAAUUGCAAUCCGUCCAUAACAGUAACAAUUUGAAUGGAAACUAUUGUAGCUAUAGCCAUGGCACAGACGAUAUUAGAACAAGUGGGAACUGCGAGACUGAUAAAUUUAGUGAAUCACAAGAUUACAAUAAUCACCGAACCGAUCCUCAAAGCAUCCUUACAUGGAAUACUGAUACUUUUCGGCCAAGCAAAUAACAAAAAGCUUGAAAAUCAAAUUUGUGAAGUCUUCAACAUGUCGGCAGACCUUCAAGAAAUCAAAGAUACGUUGAACAAAGUCGUUGAUCAGUUAACAAUGUUGGACGCUAAUCUCGCAUCGUCACUAUCGAAAAUCGUCAGCGAAAUCAAAUAUCAGCCACUGUUUAAGUUUUUCGGAGAAAUCGAAUCAUCGAUCAAUGAAUUUCAAGUUAUUUUUGCCAGCUAUGGCGGACACAAACCGACAUUCCUACGGGAACUGGACAAAUUCAUCGACAAUUACAAGUCGAAAAACAUUGAGUACAAAAUCGUUAAUUAUUUGGAUUCGUCACUGCCCGGAUCGGAGCCUUUCAUACAUGUUUUUAUUGAAAAAGUGAAGAUGAUGCGAAACGACAAUUGCUGUGACAUCAAUAGUUCACCAGUCAAGUUUAUUCACGAUUUUUACAUUCUUGUAGCAAUGAAAAUCUAUGAGGCUAGCAAUUUGUUGGCUCUGUGUUAUUCAUUGAAGGAAGGAUUGACAAACCAAGUUGUUCGUGAUGAAGAUAUGCUGUACUUGAAGAAUCGAAAAGCAUCUGUUCUGAUUAAAUUGCGAGAUUCUAUGAAGAACGCUCUUGCACCGUUUGAUGAGCCGAAAUAUUUAACUGGAUACCUUAGCUUGACCGCCACGUAUAACGACAAACCCAUUUAUGCGGUAAACGGUGAUUCACAACGAAGAUUUUUCACUGGACCGGUGCAAGUGGAACGUGAUGGAUAUGUUGUGACUGGUGUGCGAAUUCGCGAAAUGUACGACAUGAUUUACUUACAAAUUCAAGUUGGCAAAAUGCUGCCAAUGGGUAUGAUCGAUCAAGACUCAGUGUACUGGCAAGAGUUACCAAAGAACGUCGGCAAUGAACACACAACGAAUAUUAAGGUCAUUUUGUCUGGUUGCUCUUUUGAUGACGCGAUUGUAAUGGGAGUAAAAUUUACUGCGAUCGGAGAAUUUGUUUGCCUACAAUUUUACCGGCGAAAGCUACAAACCCAGCUCAGACAAAAACACAACGAUCUACUAUUGCACGCCAUCGAAACGAACUGUGAACGACUCGAGGCUGGUAGUCGUCGUAUAUCAUACCUCAAAGAAGACACCGACAAUUUCAAAGUUUCCGGCGAGGAGACACGAAUGUAUGUGACACUAAAAAAUUUUAACAAGAUGUGGUCAAAGGAAAAUGGUCCGAAAGCUCAGCAUCCGUUCAUGAAGCCAUUCUUUGACGGAUCAGACAUUCAUUUCGAACCGAUGGUGCCACUGUCGGGCAUCGGAUUGAUGCACUACACCAACGAUGACAGCUAUGCCGGAUUGAUUGUACCGUAUCUGAAGACCAUGAAAUACAGUCCCAUUGACUUUUAACUAAAUUAACAGAGAGAGGAUAAGGCAAGCCCUAUCAAAGUAAGUAAACCAAAACCAAAGCUGCGUCGAGAAUCAGAUUCGAGGUAGAAGACACAUGUG